UGGCCGCGGCGCUUCAAUGUAGAGGCGUAGAGUUGGUGGGGAGGGAUGUACCGCGCUCCCGGUGGAAGCAGAGGAGCCGAGCGGGAACCAUGGUGAGUUCCGCCUUCCGGCCUCUUGGGCGAUCUCAGGCCCAGGCCUUAACCUCUGCUCAAGGUCUGGGAGGAGAGGAGCUGCAGAUGUCUCCCUAAUACGACUCAGAGCUGGGGGUGUAGCGCCCCGGAGAGUCACCCUCUAGGACACAGAGCUGUUGUCUCACCCCUCUCGGGCCUUUGUGCCUGCCGUCCAUGGGGCUCAGAGGCCAGUACAGUGGUAGCAGUUGGACUGACCAUUGCUGCUGCAGGAUUUGCAGGCCGUUACGCUUUGCAAGCCAUGAAGCAUAUGGAGCCUCAAGUAAAACAAGUUUUUCAAAGUCUACCAAAAUCUGCCUUCAGUGGUGGCUAUUACAGAGGUGGGUUUGAACCCAAAAUGACAAAACGGGAAGCAGCAUUAAUACUAGGUGUAAGCCCUACUGCCAAUAAGGGAAAAAUAAGAGAUGCUCAUCGACGAAUUAUGCUUUUAAAUCACCCAGACAAGGGAGGAUCUCCUUAUAUAGCAGCCAAAAUCAAUGAAGCUAAAGAUUUACUAGAAGGUCAAGCUAAAAAAUGAAGUAAAUGUAUGAUGAAUUUUAAGUUCCAAUUCAUUUAUGUAUGAGUACCAGCUUUUUAUAAUAAAAUGCCUCAAAGCUACACAUUUUAAAAA